UAACCAAUGCUGUAAAAACACUGAAGACUGCUUAUUUCUUUAAAAAGACACAACUCAUCUUACCACUACCAAAUUCAAUAAGAAGCCCAAGCAUUAAAAUAUUUCAGCUUUACUUUAAAGGCAACUCCAAGCAUCCAAGAAACAGUUGAGAGAAGGCAGAGAGGAGCAGAAACGCUUCUUGGCUGACGCCUGCACUGUUGCCAUGGACCUGCGUAAGCAGUGGGAGAACACAGAGACUGACUGGCACAAGGAGAAGAUGGAAUUACUGGACCGGUUCGACAAUGAAAGAAAGGAAUGGGAGAGUCAGUGGAAGAUCAUGCAGAAGAAAAUAGAAGAGCUUUGCCAGGAAGUAAAGCUUCGGAGGAAGAUCAAUAUGAAUCAACGUGCUAAGGUGAUUGGUCUUGAUCUUGAGAAAGCCACUGAAGACAAAAUGAUGGAAUCUUCUCCAGAUUUUCCCAAUUCAGGACAAUGUAACUUUGCAGGGAUGAAUCACUGGGACGAUCUGGGAAAAGAAAAUAAAGCAGAGCAGAGCUUACUCAGUGAAGGAAAUCAAACAUGUCAGGAACUAAAGGUAACAAAAAAAUCAAAGGUAGAGUUUAUGGAUCCUUUGGCCACAGAUACUCAAAAGAAAUGUGAGGCCAGGCCUGGCUUGAGGACUUCUGAGGAAGACAGCAAGAGCUGUUCUGGUGCCCUCAGCACAGCUCUUGAAGAACUUGCCAAAGUUAGUGAAGAAUUAUGCAGCUUUCAAGAGGAAAUUCGAAAGCGAUCUAACCAUAGAAGGAUGAAGUCAGAUUCUUUUCUCCAGGAAAUGCCAAAUGCAAUUAAUAUGCCUCAUGGGGACCACAUUAUCAACAAUGGCCGAUGUGUUAUUCCAGUUAAUUCAGAAAAAGAAAAACAGAAAUAUAGGAAGAAUCUGAGCUGUGCCAAUGUGCUCCAAAUUAAUCCUAUGAAAAAAUAUGGAAUUGAAACAAUUGAUUUGCAAAGAAAUGAAACUCCACCAGCUCCUCCUCCAAGAAGCACCUCCCGAAAUUUUCCCAGCUCAGAUUCUGAACAAGCCUAUGAAAGGUUGAAGGAAGGUUUAGAACACAAUGACUGGUUGGCCCAUGAGGACCUAAGUGAAACGACCUGCAAUCCUCACUUCCUUUUGAGGAAGCAUGAGAUGUCUACGUUGUGUCCAAAAGAAGAGAAGACUUUGAAAGAUGAUACUGUGUUUUCUUCUUUGGCACCAGAAAUCAAAAUAGAUAGCAAACCUCCAAGUAAAGAAGAUGUUGGACUUAGCAUGUGGUCAUACGACAUUGGGAUAGGUGCAAAAAAGAGCCCCUCCACUUUAUGGUUUCAGAAAACCUGCUCUACUCCCAAUAAGGCAAAAUAUGAAAUGGUGAUCCCGGAUCACCCUGCUAAAUCUCAUCCUGAUCUUCAUGUAAAUAAUGACUGCAGCUCCUCGGUGACACGGAGCAGUAACCCACUUAGGAGUUUCAGUUGUGGCCUUGAAGGAACUACAAGGAAUGAAAAGCUGGCAGCAAAGACUGAUGAAUUUAACAGAACUGUAUUUAGAACGGACAGAAAUUGUCAUGCCAUACAGCAAAAUCAAAGCUACUCGAAAUCAUCUGAGGAUCUUAAGCCCUAUGAUACCUCGUCUGCUCAUACAGGUAACAUAUCAGAAAAUGACAAUGUGUCUGGUAUUUGGAAAGCCAGUGCCCACAUGCCUGUGCCCGUGGAAAAUGUGCCUGAUAAUCCUACCAAGAAAUCCACAAAAGGACUAGGCAGACAAAUGCAGGGACACAGAAGUCCUCGCAGCUAUCGGAAUAUGCUCCACGAGCAUGAUUGGAGGCCAAGUAAUCUGUCUGGUCGACCCAGGUCUGCUGAUCCCAGGUCAAAUUAUGGUGUUGUGGAAAAGUUGCUGAAAACCUAUGAGACGUCAAUGGGGUCUGCAUUGCAAAACUCUAACUGCUUCCGAGAUAAUUGGACCAAAUGUAAUUUUGAUGUCAGUGGUGGUACCUCAUUAAAUCAGCAUUUAGAAAUGCUCCAAAUGGAGCAAGAGUUUCAGCAAAAGGCAGCUAUGUGUCGUGGACAGCAAGUGAAGCAAGAAAUAGAUCGGAAAACUGUAACAGAGGAAUCCAUGGUAGUGAAAACUUCACAUGGAAAAGGAUUUUCCCGACCUGCUAGACCAGCAAAUAGGCGUCUCCCAUCCAGAUGGGCAUCUAGAUCUCCAUCAGCACCCCCAGCCUUGCGGGGGACUGCCCACGGCCAAACCAUUUCUCGGCGAUCUGAAGCAUCAAUAAACUAAGUCUCUGGCCUGGAUUGUUAGAUUACAAAAGGUCUCGUACUGAUUGUCAAACAGAGCAUUCUGAGUGUUCACAGCCAGUCCUGCUCUCUUCUCUGUCUUUCAAGACCACUGGGACAAGCAACUUAAUCUUAACUUUCCAUCAGUCUUCAGUGUUUUUAAUCUAUGAAAUAAUUAUUUUCCUGUAUUUUGAUUUCUUAGAUCAGAAUUUUUUAAUACCAUCCUCAUUUAAUUUUCCAAUAUGAUUUAAGGUGAAACAAUGUACAAUAGUGUAUAUUCUGACUUUCUUGCAAGUGGCAGAAAGCAAGGUUAUGUGCAUGGCCAUGUGUUUGUAGGUGCAUGUGUUGAAAUAAGAAGUAUCCUAGUGUGUAUGUAGAUAAGAAAAACUUAUGUGCUAGUGUUGAAUUUGAAAUUAUAACAUGUAUACCUAUAUAUUCUUUGUGUUUAUUUGAAAGUUUUGAAAAUAUAUAGUACUAUUUAUAUUUUAUAUACCUUUGAAUAGGUAUCCACCUAAGCAUUUGAGGUACAUAUGUUAAUUAGCCACUUCCUUGACCCCCAGCUACAUUGAAAAAUAAGAAUUAAUACACAUAUCUAAUAUUGAUAGAGUUCUAAAUACAAUUCAUAAAUAGUUUCUUAACCCAUACAAGGAUAAACUAAUGCCAUCAAUUUCCUUGUUUAUUCUUUUUCAAAUUGAAGUGUCACAGGUUUAACAGCUCAGCCUUCUAAAGCAAGCAUAAAAUGUUCAUAAAUGCUUUUAUCAUUUGUAGUCUAGUGUGAUUUACCUGUAUACUUGACCCUCAGAGCCAAGGUCAUAAGCCUGCCUUAUAAAUGACAUGACUAAAUAAUGAAUUUGUCAACCUCAGUAACAUAUAUUCCUUAAACAGGAUGCAAAAGACAUUAAAUUAUGUUGCAUUUUACUCUUUGUUAAAAUUGUGGCAAGCUUUAAGUUUAGCCACUUUACUUGGAGUCAUACAUAUUUAGAGGUAAGUCAUUCAAUUUUUUCUUUUUCUAGCCUUUUCCUUAAAAUUGGUAGAUAAAAAAAUAAUUCACUUUUUUAUUACUAAGGAAGAUCAGGAAUAAUAUUUACUUGAGACCUGAAUUAUGUUUCUUAUAGUGUGCUACCAAAAAAAAAGAAAGCCUUAAACUAAACUUUGGCAUCCAUAAUAACAUGGAGAAGAGAAACAUAUAUUUUGGCUGCAAAUUGCAUACAGCAAACCCAUAAAAUCUAUGGUGAGAACUGAUACUUUUCAACCAAUUCAAAACCUAUUAUAUUAUUAGUUAGAAAUUCUAUGUAAGCUUUUCUCGUACUACCAAAAAAAAAAGUUUAAGCAAUUCUUACGCCAAACAUAUUCAAAAAGCCUUUUCCUCACCAUGUGUCCUAACCAUUUAGAAACCAUUCUACACCAUGACUUGAAGUAAAGUAAAUAAUUUUCAAAUUGCAAUUGCCUUGCAAGUUCCAACACGGUAGGUUGGUGAUAUCUAAAUCCAUACUUUAUAAUAAAGAGACUUUCAGGAGUUAGGCAGGAUUCAAUUUUUAGAAUGUGAGUUUGGAUCAGAUGGUAAGUAAGGGCUAUAGAUGAACUCUUCUAAUUCUUGUUUCCUUUAGCAAUAUUUUUUCCAGAGAAAGCCUAUCAAAGAAAAAUAAGACACUAAGUAAUAUCACUCUCGUAAUGUACUUUCAGCUAGAGGGGAGAAAACACCAGGAAGGUGGAACUUCGGGGCAUAAAAUAAUGGAUGUGUUAGGAAAAUGCUGCCAUGUGACCUUGGCAGACCUGCCCAAGGACUGUGUGACAUAUCUGUUCAUUUCCAGCACUGUGUCCCACCCAGGUAGUCUGCUGUGAUCCGUGGUUGCUAUCUUUACCAAUCAACCAGAAAUUAAGGAUCUCUUUAAAAAAUGAAAUUUCUAAUUCCCUUCCAUAAUUACUAAAGCAAAAUUUCCAGAGGUGGGAACUGGGAUUCUGGGAGUCUUUCAUAGAACAAAAGAAAGCAAAGCAAAAUAGAUUUGGAAGCAGUGACAUUGAUUAAUACUUGAAUGGUUGGGUAACCCUUGGGUGGUCACUUUUCUCCCCUGAAAUUUGCUUUUGUUAUCCAUAAAUUAAAAGGGUUUUAUUGUCAGGCUUCACAGUUUCAAGCUACUUUUUGGGUUAGUUUUUGAAUGAACCAUUGGGAUAAAUUUUAAUACCUUCCAAUGUUGACUAAAAUCAUAGAAUAUUAGAGCUAAAAGCAAUUAGGAUUAGUCCAACCCCUUGAUUAUAAAACUGAAGAAACUAAAAUAGAUUAUUUGAAUAUUCUUUUGUCUUCUAAACAUUUUAUAAUUUUUAAUGGAAAAAACUCUGAGGAAAUGGGAAUCAUCCUUGAAAAUACUUUUUGAUGUAUUGUGAUUUUUAACUGGUAAUUUUUCUACUUUGGAUGGGCAUUUUCCAACAACAUAACUUUCAUAAUACCAUCAUUGCUAGAUUUAAAGGAUUUGUAAACAUUUCUAGAAAUACUUGAUUAGAAACAUUUAUAAUGAUAGAUGUUUUCCCUAGCAGACUUUGAGGAAAAAAAAUCUUACAUUAUUUCAACAGAGGAUUACUGAUAUUAUAGGCUGAUCCCAGAAAGGAAUAAGAAUGAGGCAGAGAAGAGUGCUUGAGAGUGUGUGUGUGUGUGUGUGUGUGUGUGCCGCGCACGCGCGCGCAUGUGCCACCAUCACAUGUGUUCUCUAUACGCCUUAUGUCCCAAUGCCAAAUAUAAAAAUAUAAAUGAUGCUUUGUAUAAUUUACUUUAUCAGAAAUUAUCCAUAACUUUCAUUUGUUUAAAAGACCAUUCAUUUUGUAGAUACUACUAUAAAACAUGAGUUAUUUCUAAAUGGGUGAUUUGAACAGGCUCCAUGUUAUCCUGAAAAGAAAAAAAUUUGGUUUGAAAAAAAGUGUAUAUGCUUCCCUCCAAAGAUCUUUAAAAUUAUUGUUAGGCAUAUUUGCUGAUAAACAACUACUUGAUAUUGAAAUCUUCAGCCAUUAGAAGCUAUUGAAUAAAAUAGGUGUGGAAACACCCACUGUGGCAAUUGUA